UUCUCCAAUCUUUAAACAGAUUAUACAUAAUACAGACAUGUCUGGAACUAAGGGUGGAAGUGGCAUCAUUGGUGGUGGCGGUUGUGGUUCCAGCAGUGGUGGAGGUAGUGGUGGAUAUGGCUGUGUUGGCAGUGGAAUAAUAUCUGCCCAAUGUGGAGAUACUGGCACAAAUAUACCAAUACAACAAUGCCAAGGCACAAGUACAGUUCAACAAACAAGCACAGAUCCUUGCCAAACAACUAACCCCUGUCAGCAGCAAGGUCAAGGGCAUGAGCACCAUGGCCACCAUGGACACCAUGGCCACCAUGGAGGACAAGGCAGCCAUGGAGGUGGAGGAGCCAAGAAGUAAAAAACUCACGAGGGAAAUCAACCUAUUUCUUUUACUUUGCUUUAAGUACAUUACAAACA